ACCUGACCUAGGUACGUACUUACGUAGACCUCCCGUCUCAGCCUCACAAACCUUCCACGACGACACCACACCCAUGCAUCUCCAUCUGCCGCUGGUAUAAGACGGGCCUCACGCACGUCCCUGGCACAUUGGUCCCAUUGAGCAUCAUCCCGCAUCAUAGCUCCUUACGCAGACCCUCUCAGCACGUGACGUCCGUCCCUCCAACAACCACCACCACCUUGAAUCCGCAAAAACAAACACAAUGGCCUCCGCAGUCACCCGCGCCCUCGUCGUCGGCGGCACCAGCGGCGUCGGCUACGGCAUUGCCUGCCGCGUCGCCGCAGACUCGUCCUCGGGCACCGUCAUCAUCAGCGGCCGCAACAAGCCCGCCGCGCCCCUCCCCCACGCCAACAUCGAGUUCCGGGCCCUCGACGCCUCCUCCAUGCGCAGCAUCAAGGACUACGCAGACUCCCUGAAAGCCACCGCCCCAGAGCCCAAGUUCGACUUGCUCGUCCUCACCCAGGGCAUCCUGACCACCGCGGGGCGCACCGAGACCCCCGGCGAGGGCAUCGACAACAAGAUGGCCCUGCACUUCUACGGCCGCCAGGCCCUCAUCCGCGAGCUCGAGCCCGUGCUCAAGGACGACGCAAAGGUCCUCGUCGUGCUCGACAGCCUGCGCGGCGACCCGGCCAAGCUCAACUGGGACGACCUCGACCUCAAGACGACCUUUUCCGUCCGCAACGCCGCCGAGCACUGCAUGGCCAUGACGGACGGCAUGAUGCAGCACUGGGCGGCGCAACAAAACGGCAAGGACAAGGCGAGGCACUUUGUCCACGCGUACCCGGGCCUCGUCCAGACAAACCUCGGCCACCAGCUGCCCUGGUACAUGCGCGUGCCCCUGGCGGGCCUCACAAAGGUCGGUGGCAGGAGCAUCGAGGCGUGCGGCGACAACCUGGUCAAGGGCUUGUACGAGGUGUCCGCGGCGGACGCCAAGGAGGGCAGGUUCUGGAGCGACAUUGACGCCAGCGGCCGCUCGGUCAAGGGCAAGAAGGUGUGGACCGAGGAGCAGAGGAAUAAGGUCGCGGCGCAUACUUGGGGCAUCAUUGAUGCCGCGAUGGCUGUACCAAAGUGAUGGAUGGAUGGAUAACUGUGAUCGAUGUGGAAUUGUUGUGUAUGAAUAUAAUGUGCUUGCAGGCGGUAACAUCUUGUGGUCUGGUGUGAUAAGCAAACAGCGAUCAGUAGUUGGGAAUUUGUUAUUUGUUCACAGUCCAAGCCGGACGUCAU